GACUGCAAAUCACUCUGCAGCCUUAGUGAACAUCCCUCUUUUGAUACAGUCACAGUAAAAACGAAACCAGAGGUUCUGCCAUUUCCUCAUUUGCAGACUCAUGUGACAAGCCUAGCAAAGCAAACCCAAGUCUCUCCUCGCAGGCAGAGCAGGACGGGCAUUAGGGCACAAUAGAAUUAGGGGAAUUCUUGCUGCUUGCUGAUCACUUCAGGACUCCUGCCUAGAACUCUCCACCGGGCGAACCCCCAUCAGAAUGAAGCUGUUGGCUUGGAUCCUGGCCUCUCUUGCGGUUGCUACUGCACAUCUACACACAGACCCGACGCUCGAUAACCACUGGGAGCUCUGGAAGAAAGUCCACGGCAAGCAAUACAACCACAAGAAAGAGGACGUGGAACGGCGUUUGAUCUGGGAAAAGAACCUCAAGCUUGUUAUGCUACAUAACCUGGAGUACUCCCUGGGGCUGCAUUCCUAUGACCUGGGCAUGAACCACCUGGCAGACAUGACCAGCGAGGAAGUGGCUGCUUUGUUAACUGGAGUGAAAAUUCCCCACCGACCUGACCGGAAUUCUGUCUACAGGCCACGCCCUGGUGGCAAUGUGCCUGACUCCAUGGACUGGAGGGAGAAAGGAUGUGUUACUAAUGUCAAAAAUCAGGGGGCCUGUGGCGCUUGCUGGGCGUUUAGUGCUAUCGGAGCCCUAGAAGCCCAGGUGAAACUGAAAACUGGAAACCUGGUGUCUCUCAGUGCGCAGAACCUAGUCGACUGCUCCAUGAUGUACGGGAACCAUGGCUGCAGCGGCGGAUAUAUGACCGAAGCUUUCCAGUACAUCAUUGAUAAUGAUGGCAUUGAUUCGGACGCUUCCUAUCCAUACAUGGCUCAGAAUGGAACAUGUCACUAUAACGCUACCACACGAGCUGCCACCUGUUCCAAGUUCGUUGAGCUCCCCUAUGCCGAUGAAGCAGCCCUGAAGGAUGCCAUCGCCAAUAUCGGACCGGUCUCCGUCGCCAUAGAUGCAAAACAGCCUACAUUCUUCCUGUACAGAACAGGAGUCUAUGAUGAUCCACGUUGCACUCAGGAUGUAAAUCAUGGGGUCCUAGCUAUUGGCUAUGGCACCCUGGAUGGGAAGGACUUUUGGCUGGUGAAAAACAGCUGGGGGGAAUAUUUUGGUGACAAAGGUUACAUUCGAAUGUCCAGGAACAACGGAAACCACUGCGGGAUUGCCAGCUACGGUUGCUAUCCACAAAUAUAGAGGAAUGUUCCGCUUCACAAGGCACUCUUCAGAUGUGGUCUCUUCAACUGCUACUCUGAGACUUGCUGUAGUCUAACUGCUCUGUUUGAGAACAAUGUAUGGGCUUUAAAGGCAAAAUCCUGCCAUCAGAUCCAGGUGACGGAUCUGAGACAAGUAGCUGAAAUGAUGAAUGACCAUGAUUGGUCUGGUUCAGAAUUUGGGCACUUUUCGCUUUCUCUCCCUGUCCCCUAGUUCUGUUUCUAAUUGAUUAAUGUCUCUCCGUUGCUUUGCACGUGAGAAGGUGCUUUUUGACACCUUGUCAUUGUCAUUGAAGUUGUCUCAAAAUGUAAUGGAGUGAAGGCUGCAUCAUGUGGCUAAAGUUAGUCCAAGCUGUAGGUGGAACAGUAUAGCUGCCAAAGCCACCUCAGAGGUGGAGAAGCUAAGUAGAUGGAUCAACACAUCCCUAGUCACAAGUAUCCAUUUUGCAAAAUACAGGAUGCAAAACAGCCAUUAGCAGGCUGGGAGAUCAAACAAAGUGUGGGUAUUCUUAAGGGAGAGGGGGAUAUGUUUUCCAUGGCUUCACAAAAUUGGGAUGGCAUCUGGCAUCCAGAACUGACCUGAGAUCACCUUGUGGCAUGGAGAAAGCCAACCACAGAACCAAGUGCUGCUGUUUUUAUAAAAUGUGACCUACAGAGCAAGGUCUGCCUUUUCCACCUGCAGCCUUUGGACAAAGGACACACAGAUGAAAGGCCUGAUUCCCUCUUCCACUGCACAGCCAUUGACACCUGUGCAAAGCAGCGGGACAAUGAUGCUGAAUCAGAACAGAAGUACCUUUCACCUCAGAUAUAAAUGACCGCACACAAGGCACAUAGUGGAGAACCAGCCCCAAAGGCUAUAAGUCUAGCUGCAGGUAUGGGGCUAGUGAUUGACCGAGCAAGUAUUCUGGGAAAGGGUGAACCUAGCAUCCCCAUCCCCAGCUACAGACAAGUUCUGAAAGGCAGUCGCAGGAGCGCUAGGACUCGCAUACGCUGCCCUGCUCCACAGGCCAGCAGCGAAGAUGGUCUGAGGGUCCAGAUCUAAUCUCAUCUGUAAACAAUGCAUGCAGUAGACAUUGCACAUCCUCUCCCAAAAGGAAAAAAAUAAAUUCAACUGU